CUAGUGGCCUUCGUACGUCUCAUCUCCAAAUUGCAGAACAGAGGCUCUUCAAUGGCGAAAUCCCAUCUCUGUUCUUCACUUUUCUUCCUCUUCAUCCUCUGUUUCGCCCCUGUAAUUUUCUCAAGAUCGCCGGAAAAUCAAGAGACAUUCAUCGUUCACGUCUCUAAGUCGGAGAAGCCUUCUUUAUUCUCCUCUCAUCAUCAUUGGCACUCUUCCAUUCUCGAAUCACUCUCUCCUUCUCCUCAUCCGACCAAGCUUCUUUACAACUACGAACGUGCCGUUAAUGGCUUCUCCGCACGACUCACGGCUGCUCAGGCAGCCCAGCUGCGUCAUGUUCCUGGUGUUAUUUCGGUGAUUCCUGAUCGGAUCCGUCAGCUUCAUACGACACGGACGCCUCAUUUCUUGGGUCUAGCGGAUAACCUAGGGCUCUGGCCUGACACGAAUUAUGCCGAUGAUGUGAUUAUUGGCGUUCUUGAUACUGGAAUUUGGCCGGAGAGGCCGAGUUUCUCCGACGAAGGUUUGUCUCCGGUUCCGGCAAGCUGGAAAGGCACAUGCGAGACUGGGGAGGGCUUUUCCGCGUCGUUCUGUAAUCGGAAGAUUAUUGGUGCGAGAGCGUAUUUUUACGGAUACGCGUCUAAUUUUGGAAGAUCGUUUAAUGGUUCUUCGGAUUUCAAAUCUGCUAGGGAUACGGAAGGCCAUGGAACUCACACGGCCUCUACGGCUGCAGGUUCGUUUGUUAAAAAUGCUAGUUUUUUCCAAUACGCUCGUGGAGAAGCCAGAGGUAUGGCGAGUAGAGCUCGUAUCGCUGCCUACAAGAUCUGCUGGGAAUUUGGUUGUUUUGACUCUGACAUACUUGCCGCUAUGGAUCAGGCGAUUGCCGAUGGAGUUCACAUCAUCUCUCUCUCAGUCGGAUCCUCCGGCCGUGCCCCAGCGUAUUAUCGAGAUUCCAUUGCAAUUGGAGCGUUUGGCGCAAUGCAGCAUGGCAUUGUCGUCUCUUGCUCCGCUGGUAACUCCGGUCCUGGUCCUUACACGGCUGUGAACAUCGCUCCUUGGAUCCUCACCGUCGGUGCCUCCACAAUCGACAGAGAGUUUCUUGCCGAUGUGAUUCUCGGAGACGGUAGGGUUUUCAGCGGCGUGUCCCUCUACUCGGGCGAUCCUCUUGGCGAUUCCAAGGUUCCGUUGGUCUACGGUGGAGAUUGCGGUAGCAGAUAUUGUUACUCUGGAUCCCUCAAUCCAUCGAAAGUCGCUGGGAAAAUCGUCGUGUGCGAUCGAGGAGGGAACGCCAGAGUCGCCAAAGGAGGUGCAGUGAAAUCUGCCGGCGGUCUUGGUAUGGUACUCGCCAAUACUGAAGAAAACGGCGAAGAGCUUUUAGCAGAUUCCCAUCUUAUUCCGGGAACAAUGGUUGGAGAAAUCGCCGGCAACAAGCUUAGAGACUACAUCCAUUCGGAUCCGAAUCCAACUGCUAUAAUCGUGUUUCGCGGAACUGUCAUUGGCGAUUCGCCGCCAGCUCCAAGAGUCGCCGCCUUCUCUAGUCGUGGUCCGAACUACCGGACAGCGGAGAUUUUAAAACCAGACGUCAUAGCUCCGGGAGUUAACAUUUUGGCCAGCUGGAGCGGCUACAGCAGUCCGACCGGUCUAAACAUCGAUCCUCGAAGAGUCGAAUUCAAUAUCAUCUCCGGAACUUCAAUGUCUUGCCCUCACGUCAGUGGCGUCGCCGCCUUGCUCCGAAAGGCUUUUCCGACGUGGUCACCGGCUGCAAUCAAAUCUGCUCUGAUCACCACUUCUUACUCUUUGGACAGCUCCGGCAGCCCAAUCAAAGAUCUCUCCACAAGCGAAGAAUCAAAUCCAUUCGUCCAUGGCGCCGGCCAUAUCGAUCCCAACAAAGCUCUGAAUCCAGGCCUGAUUUAUGAUAUCAGCCCUCAAGAUUACGUUUCAUUUCUCUGCUCAAUUGGUUACGAUUCUAAACAAAUAGCUGUUUUCGUGAAGGAUUCUUCAUACUCCCAACUAUGUGAGCACAAACUAAGCAAUCCUGGCAACCUGAAUUACCCAUCAUUCGCUGUCGUGUUCAACGGCGAAGACGUGGUGAAAUAUACAAGAACAGUGACAAAUGUAGGAGAUGAAAGUGAUGUUGUUUAUGAAGUGAAAGUAGAAGCUCCACAAGGAGUUGAAAUCAGUGUUGUUCCAAACAAGCUGAGCUUCAAUGCAGAGAAGACAACAGAUUCUUAUGAGAUUACAUUCACAAAAAUCAGUGGAUUCGUGGAAGCAGCAAGCUUCGGAUCAAUUCAAUGGAGUGAUGGAAGCCACAAUGUUAGGAGUCCAAUUGCUGUCUCGUUCAACACUGGAUCCAUAGCUUCAAUGUAAGUUGGGUUUUGUUGAUUUUGAGUUUUUAGUAGGAUAUUUAAUAGUGCAAUAUUUUGGUGGUUUCCGCCAUUGUAGGUGGGCUACCACCAAAGCUCCUCCUUCUGUACAGUACAAUGUGAGGAGAUUGCACUGUUCAUUUGGAUUAUUCUGAAUCCUCUUCAUAUGGAAUAAUAUAUUAAGCUUUAUAAUAAUCGUAAUGGUAACUUCAUCUCUAAA